AUGCGCCUUCUCCCUGAUUGUCUUAACGCUGUAAAAUAUCGCGCUUUUUGGGAGAGCACAGACGAUCCUUCGCUCAAGAAAUUUUUAGAUUUUCGACUUUCGGCUGGCGAUUUAGAAGAUAUGAAAACCGAGUAUUACCGGUACAGUAAAGAACUAGGUACAAUAAGCAAAUUCUAUGCUGAAGUAUCUGAGCAUGGGCGGGAAGUGAUAAGUGGGAACGACCGCGUGUCUGUUGGUGAACUAUACUCCACGAACCACUUUGAGACCCUUUGUAUCGUUGAGUACACCAGCUACUCUACAACCCGCGCGCUUGUAGUGGGAACGACCGCGUGUCUGUUGAGUGAUAAAAAAUCUGCUAUAAUAAGACGUUUCUGGAAGCUUCAAGUCGAGAGACAAAACAUCAUUGGGAAGGUUAAAUUGCAUGAGGAUAGAGUCGAUGCACGAGUUAAAAAGACGGUCCAGGAUUUGCAGGCAUCCCAACACAUAACUAUUGCCGAUGUGGCAACAAAACAAAUUAAACACUACGCUAGGUCAACUACCACUAGCAUUACGAAGAGGUUCUUAGAUUGCAAGGAAAGAAAAGUAAAACGUACCAAAACUCAUGAGGACAGUAAUGGUAAUGAUAUUGAAAAUAAUCCUUUUUUAGUAUCAGAUGAAAAAUUAUCAACUGACUCUCCUAACGAUAUUGCGGACAAUAAUUAUUAUAUAAAAAUUUGA